UCUGUGGGUUCAAGUUGCAGUUCCCGUUCGGCCUCCAGCAGGAGGCGCUGCGCUGGCUCAUCUCGGGGGAUCGCACAUUCCCGAGCGGGGUUAGUUUAAAGUAGGAAGGUGACGUCACGGCCGCCUCCUCCUCCUUCCCUUCCCAGAGCAGAUCCCCUGAAAGUAACUCCGGACCUGGAUAAUGAUAGGAGCCGCCGAGCAUGGAGAUCCCUAAGUGUGGAGCGGCUCCCACAAGUCACGACGACGGAGCUUACAUGUGAUCGCCUUCUUUCCCGCUGUGGAUUGAUACUCUGGGAAGUGACCCCUCUCCGCAAACUAACCUGGGAUCCCUCUAAAGGAUUUCUUUGUCUGCUGCCUUCCGCUCACCUGUGAAACUGUAUUAACUUGUGUGCUGGAGACCGGGAAAGAUGGUCGGCUGGUGGCUGCUGCUUUUUCCGGUGGUCUCGGUCCUGGGAUCCAUCCGGACUCAGUUCUCUGCAGGUGGCUGUACCUUCGAUGAUGGCCCAGCACCCUGUGAUUAUCAUCAGGACCUGUAUGAUGACUUUGAUUGGGAUCAUGUCAGUGCUCAAGAGCCCCAUUACUUGCCUCUGGAAAUGCCAAAAGGCUCCUACAUGAUUGUAGACUCUUCUAAACAUGACCCUGGGGAAAAGGCCCGUCUCCAGCUGCCUAAUAUGAAGGAAAAUGAUACUCACUGUAUUGACUUCAACUACCUGCUCUACACUCAGAAGUGGGAAAAUCCUGGGACCCUGAACAUCUUUGUCCGGGUGAACAAAGGCCCCCUUGCAAACCCAAUCUGGAAUGUAACUGGUUCUACUGGGAAAGAUUGGAUGAGGGCUGAACUGGCAGUUAGCACCUUUUGGCCAAACGAGUAUCAGGUUAUAUUUGAAGCUGAAGCCUCUGGCGGGAGGGGUACAUAUAUCGCAAUCGAUGAUAUCCAGGUUUUGAGCUACCCUUGUGAUAAAUCGCCUCACUUUUUGAGACUGGGAGAUGUUGAGGUCAACGCUGGUCAGAAUGCAACAUUUCAGUGCAUUGCUACGGGAAGGGAUGCUGUGAACAACAAACUUUGGUUACAGAGGCGGAAUGGAGAAGAUAUUCCGGUGGCCCAAACAAAAAAUAUCAACCACAGAAGAUUUGCAGCCUCCUUUAGGUUGCGAGAGGUAACUAAGGCUGAUGAAGACCUGUACAGAUGUGUAACACAAUCAGAAAGGGGAUCUGGUGUUUCAAAUUUUGCACAGCUUAUUGUUCGAGAGCCACCUCGACCAAUUGCUCCACCACAACUCCUUGGUGUUGGUCCUACAUACUUGCUGAUUCAGCUAAAUGCCAACUCUAUCAUCGGUGAUGGUCCCAUCAUAUUGAAAGAGGUGGAAUACAGGAUGACCAGUGGUACAUGGACAGAAACCCAUGCAGUGAAUGCUCCCACCUAUAAGCUUUGGCAUUUAGAUCCUGAUACGGAGUAUGAGAUUCGGGUUCUUCUAACAAGGCCAGGAGAAGGUGGCACGGGACAACCUGGUCCUCCACUUAUUACAAGGACCAAGUGUGCAGAGCCCAUGAGGACCCCAAAAACCCUGAAGAUUGCUGAAAUUCAGUCCAGACGCAUUGCUGUGGAUUGGGAAUCUUUGGGCUACAAUAUCACACGUUGUCAUACCUUCAAUGUGACCAUUUGUUAUCACUACUAUAGAGGUCAUGGAAUGAAUAAAGCAGACUGCCUCGACAUGGACCCCAAGGCGCCACAGCAUGUGGUGGACAACCUCCCGCCAUACACCAAUGUCAGCUUGAAGAUGAUAUUAACCAACCCCGAGGGCAGGAAGGAGAGUGAAGAGACUAUUAUCCAGACAGAUGAAGACGUUCCUGGACUGGUCCCAUUUAGCUCACUGAAGGGCACGCCGUUUGAAGACAAGAUCUUUCUGAACUGGAAGGAGCCUACAGAGCCAAAUGGCAUUAUCACUCAAUAUGAGGUAAAAUACAACAGCAUCCGCUCUUUCGAUCCAGCAGUACCUGUGGCUGGACCUCCUCAGACUGUCACGAAACUUUGGAACAGCACCCACCACGUGUUCUCGCAGCUCCACCCUGGGACAACUUACCAGUUUCUUAUUAGAGCUAGUACCGUGAAAGGGUUUGGGCCAGCAACUGCAAUUAAUGUAACUACUAAUAUAUCAGCACCCACAUUACCAGACUAUGAAGGUGUGGAUGCAUCUCUCAAUGAAACAGCUACCACCAUCACUGUCCUGCUGAGACCUGCACAGGCCAAAGGUGCUCCUAUCAGCGCUUACCAGAUUGUAGUGGAGGAAUUGCAUCCUCAUCGAACGAGGAGAGAAACAGGAGGAACCGAAUGUUAUCAAGUUCCUGUUGCCUACAGCAGCUCUAGUAAUGGAGGAUCUCCCUACUAUUUUGCUGCUGAGCUUUCUCCGUCGAACCUUCCAGAGGCUGCCCCAUUUACUGUUGGUGACAACAGAACUUAUCAAGGGUUUUGGAAUCCACCUCUGGCGCCUCGUAAAGGGUAUAACAUCUACUUCCAGGCAGUAAGCAGCGUUGAGAAGGAAACUAAAACGCAGUGUGUUCGGAUUGCAACCAAAGCUGCAGCCACAGAAGAACCUGAGGUGAUUCCUGACCCAGCAAAGCAGACAGAUCGGGUGGUGAAAAUUGCUGGCAUUAGUGCUGGGAUACUGGUAUUCAUUCUGCUUCUACUUGUUGCUGUAUUAAUAGUCAAAAAAAGGAGGACCUACUAUUCUUACUCCUACUACCUUAAAUUGGCUAAGAAGCGCAAAGAUGCCAUGGGGAGCGCACGACAAGAGAUGACACACAUGGUAAAUGCUAUGGAUAGAAGUUAUGCUGACCAGAGUACUCUGCAUGCGGAAGAUCCACUCUCCAUUACCUACAUGGACUCGCACAACUUCAGUCCCAGGUUGCCCAAUGAUCCACUUGUGCCGACUGCUGUGUUAGUACCAAUCACUGAUGAAAACCACACCGUGUCAGCAGAGUCCAGUCGUCUUCUGGAUGUCCCCCGCUAUCUAUGUGAAGGGACCGAGUCUCCUUACCAGACAGGGCAGCUUCACCCUGCAAUCAGAGUAGCUGAUUUACUGCAGCACAUCAAUCUCAUGAAGACAUCAGACAGCUAUGGAUUUAAAGAAGAAUAUGAGAGUUUCUUCGAGGGACAGUCUGCUUCAUGGGAUGUUGCUAAGAAAGAUCAAAAUAGGACAAAGAACAGAUAUGGGAACAUCAUUGCUUAUGACCACUCUCGAGUUAUUCUGCAACCAGUUGAAGAUGACCCCUCUUCUGAUUACAUAAAUGCGAAUUACAUUGAUAUUUGGCUGUACAGGGAUGGGUACCAGAGACCCAGCCACUACAUUGCCACUCAAGGCCCAGUUCAUGAAACUGUGUACGAUUUCUGGAGGAUGAUUUGGCAGGAACAGUCCGCUUGCAUUGUUAUGGUUACCAACUUAGUCGAAGUUGGUAGGGUAAAGUGUUACAAGUACUGGCCUGAUGAUACAGAGGUCUACGGUGAUUUUAAAGUAACUUGUGUUGAAAUGGAACCACUGGCUGAAUAUGUGAUCCGGACAUUCACAUUGGAAAGAAGAGGAUAUAACGAGAUCCGCGAGGUUAAGCAGUUUCACUUCACUGGUUGGCCAGACCAUGGAGUUCCUUACCACGCCACCGGCCUUCUCUCCUUCAUUCGACGGGUGAAGCAGUCCAACCCACCAAGCGCAGGACCUAUAGUGGUUCACUGCAGUGCUGGUGCUGGCCGUACUGGUUGUUACAUUGUUAUCGACAUCAUGCUGGAUAUGGCCGAGCGGGAAGGUGUCGUAGACAUCUACAACUGUGUGAAAGCAUUACGUUCCCGGCGCAUCAAUAUGGUGCAAACAGAGGAACAAUAUAUUUUCAUCCAUGAUGCUAUUCUAGAGGCUUGCUUAUGCGGCGAAACUGCAAUCCCAGUGUGUGAAUACAAAGCUGCGUACUUUGACAUGAUUAGAAUAGAUUCACAGACUAACUCGUCACAUCUGAAAGAUGAAUUCCAGGUAUUGUCAACCCUCAAUUCUGUGACUCCACGACUACAAGCUGAAGACUGCAGCAUAGCCUGCUUGCCACGCAACCACGAGAAGAACCGCUUUAUGGACCUGCUGCCUCCUGACAGAUGUCUGCCUUUCUUAAUUACCAUAGAUGGGGAAAGCAGCAAUUACAUCAACGCGGCACUCAUGGAUAGCUAUAGACAGCCAGCUGCCUUCAUUGUCACUCAGCAUCCCCUGCCAAACACUGUGAAAGAUUUCUGGAGAUUAGUCUACGACUACGGAUGCACAUCCUUAGUGAUGCUUAAUGAAGUUGACUUGACACAGGGUUGCCCUCAGUAUUGGCCUGAAGAAGGGAUGUCGCGAUAUGGACCUAUUCAGGUGGAGUGCAUGUCAUGUUCGAUGGACUGUGAUGUCAUCAACAGAAUUUUCCGGAUAUGCAACUUGACCAGGCCCCAGGAAGGGUAUCUGAUGGUACAGCAGUUCCAGUAUUUAGGGUGGGCGGCUCAUAGGGAAGUGCCAGCCUCCAAAAGAUCUUUCCUGAAAUUGAUUUUGCAAGUUGAGAAAUGGCAGGAAGAAUGUGAUGAAGGGGAAGGUCGCACUAUUAUUCACUGCCUAAAUGGUGGAGGACGAAGUGGAAUGUUUUGCGCCAUCAGUAUUGUGUGUGAAAUGAUCAAACGGCAAAAUGUGGUAGAUGUUUUCCAUGCUGUGAAAACCCUACGCAACAACAAGCCGAACAUGGUUGAGACCCCAGAACAAUACCGUUUCUGCUAUGACGUUUCCCUGGAAUACCUUGAGUCAUCAUAGUCUGAAGUGCCAGUUGAUAUGUCCAUGAAGAGCCCUGUUGAUAGCUCCAUGCAAGCUCACUACAGCUAUAAACAGGAUGAUUUUUACACGGGGGACCCUUUUAUGUUUUAACAAAAAAAAAAACAUUAUACGAUAAAAAAAAACUAAAGUAUUUUUCUUAUCUGUAUCUUCGUAAAAAGACUUAAGCUGUUUCUAUGACUGUAUACAGUAUUGAUGGAUAUAGUGCCACAUGAUAACACACAUGGAAACCAGAGCUGGGUCAUCACCGCCUGAUGACGAUUUGUAUGUAUUUGUAUAUGCAGCCAUCUCCCAAGACCACAUUUGAACCAAUCUGUUGCAUGUAUCUCUAUUUGAAAUGUGGCAAUUGCUCCUUUUUAUUAUUUUUUUUUUAAUAAAAAAAUGUUUAAAAAAUGGAAUAAUGGAAUGCAGAUUGCUAGUAAAUGCAUUCUCGAUACAUUUCAAAUGUCUUUGAUCUGUACCUGUUUUUUUUUUUGUACUUUUAUGGCUGGUUCACAUCCUAUAAUAUUUUCAGAAAAUCCCAAAACAUAAGCCAAAGAUUCAAUUGUAAAUAUGUCAAUAUGGAGAAAUCACACUCUAUAUUUAUUGCUUAUUUACAUUCCUUCCCCCCCACAGCUAAAGAAAUGUUUUGGUUUUAUUUCUUGACGUUUGCUGAAAUAAUCAAUGGGUGUUUAUUUUUGUAUGUUCUGCAAAAGUCCAACAACUGUUUCCAGCGUUAACCCACUGUUAAGAGGUGUUUUUAUUGUACUCAUGCUUGUGAACAAAGUUUCUGUAAAUCUAUUUCAAAGAUUACUUACUCUUUUAACUGCUAGGGAAUAAUAAACACCUUAAAGAGUGCUAUACCCUUCCUCAGGAAGGGA